AUGGUGCACAUGUAUUAUAUGGAGAAUAUUAAGGUCUAUGGUGAUGAUUUUGCUAGAAUGAUUACUUAUGAUGCUAUUUUCCUCAUUGAACUGUUGUUGAGGGGUUAUUACAGUGAGUUGGUAUCUGAGAACAAUCAUUUUGGGAGACCAUACAUGAUAUUGGAUAUAUGGCAUGAUCUGAUGUUACUUGAAAAUCAAGUGUCGUUCUUCCUUCUGCACUUUCUUUGCCCGGAGUUCAUCAUUACUUCUAAUGGAAUGUAUCAGAGGCCCUCAAUGCUUUUUCUCGCCCAUCACCUAUUUGUUAGAUGUGGCAUGAAUAUAGAAGGAGAUAGGCAGGAGAACGUCGAUUUAAUUCUCUAUCAUCAAGUAGAAGUGAAACAUCUUGUUGAUCUGCUUAGAAGGUUAUUGAUACUCCCAACCAUGUUGAGCUCACCGUCGUCUUCAUCAUCGCUGAGAACAUCGUUGGUUCCUCUUAUGCUUUACUAG